GUGGAUGCUGAAGUGUGUCCCUGUCAAGUACAUUGGUCUAUUUCAGACGCGGACCUCCCUUUUCUCCGCAUGCACUCCUCGUAUGCUCUGUCAUUUCUUUGUAAUCUGCAUCGCUGGCCGCCUCACCUGCUUUUUCAUCCUUGCACCCCAGCGAAUUAGAUGACCAAUCCCCCCUCCUUCCAACAUUAUUUUUGCGUAGGUAUGUCCGUCCUCAGAGUUGCUUCACAGUAACCGGCCAACAACAUGGAUUUUGGAGCCCUCACCACGGUGGUGGCAAAUUCUGCCUACAUCAACGCCCGUGGCAGCAUCGACGGUUCCGCGGCGGCUGCGCGGGACAAGAAGUACCACUCGCGUCUCAAGCUCCCCCACAUCACCGUGUGCGAGGACCUGAGGGACACGCUCGACUUGACGUUUGACUUCGUGUGCAUCGAACAGCCCAUAGGCAGACGCCUCUUCAGGGAAUUCCUGAGUGCCACCCUAGAAUACAAUGGCCCGUUGCGUCUGUGGAAAGACAUCGAGGCGUACGACUUGGCAGACGAGGGUGACCUCAGCCAGAAGGCCGCCAAGAUCGUCACGAGGUACAUGGAACCCUCUGCCAAGCACUACUGCCCCAUUCUCUCGGAGGAAAUCGUAGCUAAAGUGAAAGAGGGUCAACAGGAGGCCGGGGACGGGUUGUUCGCCCCAGCUCUGGCCUGCGUGAUGAACUUCCUCCGUGAGGUCCCUUACAUCUUCUUCCUGGAGAGCAUGUACCUGAAGAGGUUCCUGCAGUGGAAGUGGCUCGAGAUGCAGCCAAUGGACGAUGACUGGUUCCUGGAUUUCCGUGUGCUGGGGAAAGGCGGUUUUGGGGAAGUUUCCGCCUGUCAGAUGAAAGCCACUGGGAAACUUUAUGCCUGUAAGAAGCUGAACAAGAAACGAUUGAAGAAACGUAAAGGCAAUGAGGGGGCAAUGGUGGAGAAGAGAAUUCUUGCCAGGGUCCACAGUCGCUUCAUUGUGUCCUUGGCCUACGCAUUCCAAACAAAGGACGAACUUUGUCUGGUCAUGACCAUCAUGAACGGAGGAGACCUCAAGUACCACAUCUACCUGGUGGAUGAUAACAACCCAGGCUUCUGCGAGACCAGAGCUUGUUUCUACCUCGCCCAGAUCAUCCAAGGCCUGGAGCACCUCCACCAGAAGAGAAUAAUCUACAGAGACCUCAAACCUGAAAAUGUUCUGCUAGACAACGAAGGGAACGUGCGCAUAUCCGACCUGGGUCUCGCUGUGGAGUUGAAAGAAGGCAAGACAAAGACAAAAGGCUACGCUGGAACACCAGGGUACAUGUCUCCAGAGAUGCUGAAGGGGGAGAAGUAUGACACCUCUGUGGACUACUUUACCCUCGGUGUGACGCUGUUUGAGUUUUUGGCGGCCAAGAAUCCAUUCAGGGAGAGAGGAGAGAAGGUUGACCGCGACACGAUGAAGGAACGCAUUCUGAACAGGGUUGUGACUUAUCCAGAAACCUUCAGUGAGAAUUCCAAGUCCCUGUGCGAUGCACUGAUGGCCAAAGAGGUGGAAAAGAGGCUGGGUUUCAAGGACAACAACUGUGACGAGCUCAGGGGUCACCCUUUCUUUAGCGAAAUCAAUUGGAGGAAGCUGAACGAGGGUCUACUCUCCCCUCCCUUUGUCCCGGACCCCAAGGUGGUGUACGCCAAGAGCCUGGAUGACGUGGGGGCUUUCUCCUCCGUGAAGGGCGUGGCCCUGGACGAACCGGACAAGACCUUCUUCGACGAGUUCUCCUCGGGGAACAUCUCCAUCCCCUGGCAGGAGGAGAUGAUCGAGACAGGCCUCUACGGUGAGCUCAACGUCUGGGGCGUGGACGGGGCUCUUCCCAACGACCUCCGCAGGGAGUCCAUCUUAGAACAACCCCCAAAGUCCUCCACUUGCUCUGUGGCGUAAGGGUCCCCACGAGGGGGCGAGCCUGCAUCACUGAGCCUUUCAACACCCCCAGAACUCCAGAAGGCUCUUUCGACCUCGGUUUUGUGGUGAUUUGACCUUGAAAGUAGGAUGGUUUCUGCUGAAGACAUUUCAAAGGAUAGGCCGGAUUGCUUCCAAGAUGGAUUUCUUUUUCUUUUGCAGUUUUAGGUCAUGGAAAUUGUUUAGAGGAGGUCUUGGUGUAGGAGAUUAUCUCUUCUGUUCCCUCCACUCGACCAGGUUGUGAAGAUAUCGCUUUUAGAGCUGUAUAUAUUGUGAUGCUUUUAAGUUCCUUAAUUUUAGGUGUGGCUUGUAGAUGAGGUGACUUACCAAUGGUUAUGGUGAAUGUAAGAAGUAAUGACUGUUAGCUUUAACUUCAGUUUCUUAAAACCACUGAGAAACAUCGACCAAAGACCACAAAUACAGUACUUUUCAUUAUGUUUUUAUUUCUGUGUGAAAUUAAUACUUUAUGCCAGUUUUUAAAUAAUAUUUUAACAACUAUGUUACAAUUUGCAGUAUAUUGAGUGAAUUGUAUUAUAAGCUAAAUGUAAAAAUAUUUUUUCUUCCAGCCAAGCAAUUUAUUUAUAAAAUGAAGCAGUUGAGUGCAAAAUUGUAUGAAGAAAAACCUUAAAAAAACAAAAACUUAAAUUGUAUGAAAAAGUUUCAAUGUAUAUAUCAAUAAAAGUGUUCACUUCCUGCUUCAGCAAAACCCU